UUACAUUUUUGUAAAUGAAUAAAAUGAAAUUCUAAGUAGAAAAUAAGUAAAGUAAGUGAAGCAAGUGUUCUAAUAAAUGGAACUAUAACUGUGAUAAUUAAGUACUAAACUCUAAACCCUUUUAAAUAUAGUUUCUAAUGAGAGGAUUUAGAUAUUUUAAAUUAAUUUUAAAUAAUUAAUUAAAUUACCAAAAUGCAUAAGAAAUUUGUAGCAAUAACAUUGUUUGCAUUCAUUUCCUUGUGUAUUUGGAUUUUAUGGAGUACAAAUAUUGACAUGAACAACACAUUAUUAUUAAGGAAAAGUAACUAUGAUUUCAUGAACAAAAACUUAAUCAAUCCUGCCAAUACAAUCUGUGAUGAAAAGCCAUUUUUGGCAAUAAUUGUGACGUCAUACGUGGGGCAUGUCGAGCUACGCAGCGCCCACAGAAGGGCCAUGCCAGCUGGACUAUUGAAAUCUAUGAAUGCUAUAAGAAUAUUUUUACUUGCAAAAAUACCUCCAAAUGAGAAAUACAUUACCCAAGAAGCUAUUCAGAGCGAACAAGAGAUCUACGGAGACAUUCUACAGGGAUCAUUUUUAGAGAACUACAGAAACUUAACAUACAAGCAUCUCAUGGGCCUAAAUUGGGCCAGCAAUGUGUGCCGACCUACAUACAUACUUAAAGUCGACGAUGACAUAGUAUUCAACAUAAAUAGCACCCACAAAUUCAUUAAAUCUUUAAGUGUAAAAGAAAACUUGUUGGUGGGUUAUAUGCUAAAUAAUACCAAACCUAGACGAAAUAAAGAAAACAAGUGGUACGUAACACAAGAAGAAUAUGUUUGGAACGAUUAUCCACCAUACUUGUCGGGAUGGUAUUACAUAGCAACAUCUGAUGUAGCAGCAAGACUAUGUGAAGAAGCUCUAUACAUUCCACCGUUUUGGAUAGAUGAUAUUUACAUAACCGGCAUUCUAAGCAAAGCUAUAGGAGCCAAACUGACACAGGUACCUCAGGAUUAUUGGCUAGAAUAUUACGAAUUGCUUGAAUGUUGUCUCACUGACAUGAUAAACAAGUUUAUUAGAUGUGACUUUGUGGUAGGACCAAAUGGUGGAAGAAACAACCUGAUAGUAGAAUUCAAUCAGGCUUUAAAUCAUUGUGAUCAAUGGAGAAACUGUACGGCAAGACCCAAGGAAAGAAGAUUAAAGGAUGUUUGUGUUGUCAACAGAGAAAGAGACAUUUUCAGUGACGGUCAGGGAGAGGUUCACUUGUUAAAGUUGUGAUUG